GCCAUGUCCAGAUCACCCAUCACUUGUCAUGUGCUUGACAGUACGCUGGGACGCCCAGCAAGCAGCGUAAAUGUCAGUCUGGCUGCCUUGGCUCAGUCCGACUUUCAGAUCCUUGCACAGGGGCAAACGGACAAUGAUGGGCGAUGCACGACGCUGCUCGAUCCUUCCUCGAAGCUUUCGCCAGGCAUCUACAGGAUGACAUUUGAAACGGGACAAUAUUUCGCGAGGGACAGUCGUCCAUCGUUCUACCCCCGCGUCGAGAUCCUCUUUACGUUACCAGACACUCCCGAUCCUCAUUAUCACAUACCACUCCUCCUUUCUCCGUUUUCAUACACCACCUACCGAGGCUCAUGAGAGGAAUGUUCAGUCUCUUAGUUGAACAGACAGCCCAACAUGGCGUGCAAUGGGUGGCACAUUGGCUGCUCUGUAUUGAGGUCCUC